AUGGCUACCGACAGCUGGGAGCCCGUCAAGCCUGAGGGCCUGGCGCUGUCACUGUAUGUCACGACUGUUGUUCUUUCGGUACUAUGCACCAUCGUCGUCGUGUUGAGGACGUACAUUCGAACACGGAAUGACUGCAUCGGCCUCGAUGAUUAUGUCAUGUGCGCCGGUUGGGCGGCAUAUAUUGCUCACAACAUUAUCGUCAGUAUUGGAUGCCAUACGGGCAUCGGUACAGUCCAAAAUACGCUCAAUACGCUUCAGAUACAAGAAGCGAACAAGUAUGUAGUUAUUUGGCAGAUGCUCUAUGCAUGUACACUAGCGUUGGUCAAGUCGAGUAUCUGUAUAACUGUCAUUCGAAUCGCAAACGAAACGAAGUACAUCCGCAUACUACAAGGCCUUAUUGUUAUGUCUGUCGCUUUGAGCGGAUUCGGUAUUAUCUUCCUCUUAGUUCAAUGCCGGCCGUUUGAAGCACAUUGGAUUCCGUCCAGGGGAAAAUGUUUCAGCAAAGUCAUUCCUACUGUUUUGACCUACGCUGCAUCGGUGUCCAACGUCAUCACUGAUUUCGCUGUUGCUGUUAUUCCGAUAUGUCUUGUGCGAAAGCUACAGAUGCGACGCAAGUUGAAGCUUUAUGCUCAAUUAAUUAUGGCUCUGGGCAUGUUGGCAUCGAUUGCCAGUAUAGUUCGCAUUCCGUACUCGAAUGCUUAUAUGAAACCCGAAAACUUUGUCCAUUCGGUGGGCAACAUCAUUCUCUGGACAGUCAUCGAGUGCGGAGUUGGCGUUUUCGCGGGUUCCCUCCCAUCACUUAGAGCAUUCUUCAAAAGCCUCGUCAAGGACAGGAGUACCGAUGACCGAAGCGCAUCUCAUAACACGACCGACCUUGUAACUAUCGGCCGCAUCAGGGGCAGGCCAAGCAGAACAACAACAGAAAUAGAGCUAGGAACACAACGACCCGGAAGCAACGAUUCCGAUUAUGGUGUUCAACACGAUGAUGACAGCCAACGCCGAAUUAUUGUUAAAGUUACAAAGUCGUUCCGGGUUGAGGAGCGCCAAAGUGAUGAAGAACAAUUAUGUGAGGGUAGAAUGGGGAAAAGGUAA